AUUACAAAAUUUAAUUCUCCUGUAUUCCGCCGGAGCCGAAAGACCGAUAUUUCUGAACCAAGGCUCGAGAAACUUGCAUUUCCCAAGAAGAAAACGAGAAUCAUGCAGUCGUUCUGGCUUGUAGUGGUGACGAUAGCAGUCAUCCAUGAAUGUUUUUCAAAGACGCUGGAUGACGUAAAACUCAGUCAACUUGAUUGGUACAUAUCUGGGAAGAUAUCAGAUAUAAUCAAAGGAGAAGUUCAGGGACUAUCUCAAAAUAUGACAGCAGAUGAACUCGACUGUAAAAAUAAGAUAAACGUAGUAGCAGACACCUGUUUUGAAUGCAGCAGGUUAAUCCAAGAACAACAACCGCCAACAAAUCAUGUUGAUUUUACAAAGGUUCUACAUGUACAGAAAGAAAAAACACAAGACUGGAAGAAAAUCAGAGAUAAUAUCUUAAAAGAUAUGACGAAUGCAAUAAAGAAAGCAUCAGAUUUCUUUGAGGAAAAACUUCGAUUUCCAAAAAUCAAGUUACCCAAAGUCAAACUACCUUCCGUAAAUCUACAAAAUAUAAAAAUCCCAGAUAUCGAUUUCAAGAAAAUGUCAUUACCAAAAGUGGACUUUUCCAAAAUACAGAUACCGAACAUCAAUCUUCCAUCAUUCGAUCUCUCCAGUAUUCAGAUACCCUCCAUAACGAUUCCAAAAAUGGAUUUUGGAAACAUCCAGAUCCCGGAAUUUAGAAUUCCCAGUGUCAAACUACCGAAAAUAAGUUUUCCGAAGAUUGACCUCGGUAGCAUAUUUCGUGGAAAGCGUUCCAUUACCGAUUGUAAAGAUUGUGAACUUUUUCAAAGAGAGAGCAGGGAAAAUAUACUUUUGAAAGUUUGCGGCUCUCAGUAUGUGAACAGCAUGAAAUCCAGACAGGCAUAUUUGGAUAAGUUAAAGUUACUCAAUUCAGCACUGGAAUCCGACUUUGUGUAUAAUGUUACUUUCGAUGAAAAGUCUCUGAACUUCUUGGAAAUGUCAGUGAAUCUUAUCAGCAUUGACUACAGAUUGUCCAAUUCUACAGCUCGUACCUACAACGCCACGGGCGAAAAGUUCUAUCUCAUCGACAUGAUUCGAUCAGCCGAAGUUCUGGCGCCAAAACUGUUCCAGGAUUUUCUGAACUAAAUAAAGACUAACAAAGCAGACGUCAACUUGACGUCAGGAUAAGUUUUGCUUCUUCCAGGUGCUUGUUCCAAGAAAUAUUUGUAAAUACAUGUAUGUUUGAAACCGACGAUGUG